AUGCUGGCUUCUAUUACCGUGUUAUGUUACGUGACAAGUUACCAAAAAAAAUUAAUUCCUAAUAAAAAUCUUUCAAUUGUUGAAGCUUCGGAAUUAAAUUUACCUGAAUUUGAGAACAAAGAUGUGGUGCUCGCUACUGGAAAUUUUUGUAUCGUUGAAGGCAUGGGCCAAAACGAUGAAAAAUAUUCCAUAUUAAAAAUUACCUUAAACGAUAUUGUUCGUUUUAAUACCCUUGAUCCUAACAAUUUAUCUGCAUUUCCGAUAUUAAUCAACAUGACGGCAUUAGUUCAAGAAGACCCAGAAAUCAAUAACAAAGAUGUAGUCGUUAAUGUUUUGAUCAAAAAUUAUGUGGACCAAGAUUCUGUAAUCUAUAUUAACGACGAACUCAUGAUAACCGAUAAUGAUAACAUAGUUCAUAUUUAUGCUGUUUCAUUUCCGAAAUACCAGAAAUUAAAUACAAUUACAAAAAAUAACUUGAUGCAAUUUUCAUGGGAAUCGACUGACCAAAAUAAUACGAAUCAGCAAAAUGCCUCCACCAUCGCUCAAACCAUAGCCACCAGAGUCAAAGGAAGCACCCGACGCAAAAAAACCACACUUAUUGCUAAACCAUAUCUUAAAACCAACUCUCGUCCAAAGGUUACCGAUUUGGCAAAUGAUCUUCUAAAUAAACCUUUGGAUUUGAAUACAUCUAAUCAAACUGCUACCGAAUAA